AUGCCAUACUCUUCUGUCCCAAUCGUCUCGCCUUCCACUUUGAACGUUGAGCCAAACGCACCGCCCACCAGGAGAUCCUCAAGAUUGAGAAGAAAGACACGCGAAUUGAUCGACUUCCCCCACAUCGACGAUGCCGAACUUCGUCACGCUGUGGACGCCAUCGACCAAGCACAUCAAGACUACAUCGACGCUCUGGACGUACUCGGACCAGAUGCAACUGAAGCUCAGCACGUUCGCACCUAUGCAAUUUUAGCGCUGAAAUGGGAUGUACGGAACUCUUUUGACUUCAGCACAACGACUGCGUCCGCUACGAUUGAGUUCCUAAUAGCCGACGCCCUUUCCCAUGCUGAGCCUUUGUCGCAGGAAAGUUGCCUCGCUUGGUCUUGA